AUGAUUUGCUCAACUGACAUCAUGGGAAAGUUAAGAAGAGUGGGAGCAGGACACUCGGUCCAGGAAGAUGUUACUGGAGGAGGGUUGAGUUUGACAUUCAGGCACUGGGCUAGUAAAAAGACAGCAGGAUCCACAAAGAAUGGGCGAGACUCGAAACCAAAGAAUCUUGGGGUGAAGAAGUUUGGUGGAGAGAGAGUGAUUCCUGGGAAUAUCAUUGUUCGCCAAAGAGGAACCCGCUUCCAUCCAGGAAACUAUGUCGGAAUGGGGAAGGAUCACAACCUCUAUGCUAUGAAUGAAGGUUGUGUCAAGUUUGAAUGGCAUAAGUUGAGUGGACGAAAGUGGGUGCAUGUUGAGCCCAAGGAAGGCCAUCUGCUCCACCCUGCCUACUCAAGUGUUGACGCAGUUCCUAAGCAGAAGACCACUGCUUAGGUUUCUACUUUUUUGUGUUAUCAUGUAAUGUUAAAUAUUUGAUGCUCUACUUUAGUGGCCUGAGCUUGUACAACUCAUGCUGCAUCUGAAUUUUUGUAGGCAAAUUGUGGUACUUAUCUA